CGCUAAAUAGUAGCAUUCAUUCAUUUCAUUCAUUCAUUUAUUUAGUGCACAAGCAGAGCUCAGCACGGCUUGUUGGAUUGGAUUAAGCAGUGAUAUCGUGUAGAAACGAGAAAUUAAUUUUCUAGCCGUAUUUACGUCCACGCAUUUAUUUACAUUAUCGUUUCAUGAAUAAACAGUGUACGCACUGCAUAUUUACUUCCUUCUUAUUACGUACUUUCAAGAAUGCCUUAUAACAUAUAACGCUAUCUUCCGUGAAACUUUUUUUGAUAAUUCAUUUAAAAUAAUUUCAACGAGCAAAUACGUAAGCUAUACUGCAGUAACUAAUACAUGAAACCCUUCUCAUCACCACUUGGCAACUAAUAUGUCUUUGGUGAAAAGUUUUCUUAAAACACCUGAUGUUUGCAAUAAAGUAAUAUCGUCAUUAUUUGUAAUGACAAAUAAUGUCAAGGCAUGCACAAACUUAAAAAACUUAAAACAUUUCAAUUCGUGUUGUUUUUUUACGACGUCGACGAAUGUAAAACCUGUGCAUCAACCUGUUAGUGAGACAUUUGUAAAGGCUGCAACCUCAGAGAUAACCUCUGCUGCUUCACCUCUAACUGAUAAACAUGGCCGAGCUCAUACAUAUUUAAGAAUCUCUUUGACCGAGCGCUGCAAUCUUAGAUGUAAAUAUUGCAUGCCGGCCGGCGGUGUACCGUUACAAAACAAAUCCAACUUGCUUACCACAGAUGAAAUUUAUUAUUUGGCCCGUAUUUUUGUAGAGCAAGGCAUCAGAAAGAUACGCUUAACUGGCGGAGAGCCUACAAUCCGCACCGACAUUGUUGAUAUCAUUGCAAAACUUAAAGGCAUUUCACAAUUGGAAAAUGUCGGUAUAACUACAAAUGGUUUAAUGUUAACGCGUCUUUUGGUAUCCAUGCAACGUGCUGGCUUAGACGCUCUCAAUAUUAGCUUAGAUACUUUGAAACCGGAACGCUUUCAGGAAAUAACGCGUCGCAAAGGUUGGGAACGUGUGAUAGCGGGCAUAGAUUUGGCCAUACAAUUGGGUUAUAAGCCCAAAAUCAAUUGCGUAUUAAUGCGCAAUUUCAACGAUGAUGAAAUCUGCGAUUUUGUUGAAUUCACCAAAGAGCGUAACGUGGAUGUACGUUUUAUCGAAUAUAUGCCUUUUAGUGGUAAUAAAUGGCAAACAGAAAAGCUAAUGUCCUUCCGGGAUACGUUGAAAAUUAUAAACAAUCGUUGGGCCGAUUUGAAGGCGCUACAGAAUGGCCUUAAUGACACAUCAAAGGCCUACAAAGUUCCGCAUUAUAAAGGCCAAAUUGGUUUUAUAACUUCAAUGACUGAACAUUUUUGUGGAACUUGCAAUCGUUUACGUUUAACCGCCGACGGCAAUUUGAAAGUUUGCUUAUUUGGCAAUAAAGAGUUUUCUUUGCGAGAUGCAAUACGCGCUAAUUGCUCCCGCGACGACUUAGUGACUUUAAUUGGGGCUGCUGUGAAACGAAAAAAAAAACAACAUGCGGGUACUCGCACCAAAACUCAUUAUUCCACAAAUACAUCUUUAUUAAUCUCCGAUUCAACGAACACGUCAAUGCUCUCCUUACUAAGGAGUAAGCAAUUCUCUAAAUUCUAUUGUACGAAUAGCAAACAGGGACUUACACAUGUCGAUAACGACGGUAAAGCUUCCAUGGUGGAUGUUUCCCAUAAGCCGAUUACCGUAAGAGAAGCCGAAGCUAGUGCCAAUGUACAUGUGACUCCAAAAAUUGUCAAUCUUAUUCGCUCUAAUAACUUAAAAAAGGGUGAUGUUCUUAGCGUCGCUCAGUUAGCGGGUAUUUUAGCUGCAAAGAAAACUUCAGAUCUAAUACCGUUGUGUCAUAAUAUAAGCAUAACAUCUGUAAACGUUGAGGCUGUAUUGGAUUCAGACAAUCACUUGAUUAAACUAAAAUCUAAAGUAAGAUGUUGCGGCCAAACUGGUGUUGAGAUGGAAGCAUUGACCGCCGUGACUAUAGCUGCUCUGACAGUGUAUGACAUGUGCAAAUCUAUAACUCAUAAUAUCAUCAUAAGCGAUAUACGCUUAACUGCUAAGAGCGGUGGUGAAAGGGGUUCGUUUAAAUGUAUUUAGGCACAUAAUACAAGCACAUUUUGCGGGGAAGCUCGUAGACUUGCAUUUUUUAUUUGGUUUUAAUUUCAAUUUAUUAGUUUGC